AUGCCACCAAUAACUAAGUUCUGGCUAUGCACUUUCAAGGACCCCGACUCCAUCAAAAGUCCCGAGUUCCAGCACCUCAUGACCGAGACCCUGGAAUUUUGCUCAUCAUAUACGAACCGGGAGCCGGAUACACCGCCAAUGCACGCUUUCUACCAAGAUACUGCCGACCCAGCACGACUUUUUAUGAUAACGGGCUACCAGUCACAAGAACUCAACGAUGAGGCGCAUGAAAAGUACGCUGAGAAAUACCUUGAUCGGAUGUUCGAGUUUGUGCAGCAUAAGAUGUUGCUAAAGGUUGAUAUUGAUAUUAAUUCGCUGCCGACUGGGGAGCAUGUUACUGUGGCUUAUGGCAAGGAGCCGGCGCGGUGGAGGGAGGAAGAUGAGGCUGGAGGAUGGGAUGUAUCAGAGACGAGAGAGGGGGCGAACGAGGAUGUGAUCAAGGGGAAGAAGGAUGAGGAGGAUGACCGGGUUUGGGUGCAGGUUUCUAGAUGGAAUGGAGCUGAUAGUGUGUUGGAAUCUGUUCAGCCUAUCGAAGGGGAAAGGCUGCAUUUGGAGAGAAUUGCUGGUUGA